AUCAUACAUUCUCCGCAUAUUCUAACUUUCUUUUUCGUGAUUGCGUUGUUAAAAAGUUACAUUGAACAGUUUUUUUCUUAAUCGUAUUAAAUAACUAACAAAAUAUUACAAAAUAUUUAAUUGCGAUUAAAUAGCAUAAAUAAAUAAAUAAUUAUCGACAAGUUAUUGAAAAUGGCAGAAAUAGAAAAUAUUAAGACAGUCGACAUUCCAAAAGGAAAUUUAAGUUGUCCAAGCGAAGCUAGUGGUGGUGCAGCUGAUUUAGGCACAUCGCCGCCAACACAGGGUACAAGUAAUUCUCAUCCACAUGAUUCCGAAUACGAUACAGCAAGUGACUUGGAGGGUGGCGAUGAUUAUGACGAUGAUGAUGAUAUAGAUGACGAUGGUGAUAGUGUGACUGAUGAAGAUGAUAUAGAAGACGACGAGGACGAAGAUGAUGAGUUUAAUACAUUACCGAGUACAUCUAAAAUCGAUCCAGAAACUCAAAAAAAAGUAGACGAAGAUCGCAGUAAUCCUCAAUAUAUACCGAAACGAGGUACGUUUUACGAACAUGAUGAUCGUACUGCGGAUGUUGUGGCUGAUGGUACUUUAAUAAUUAGUGAAAGUGGUGAACAACAAAAUGCUGUAGGUGCUGCAGGUGCCAAAUCACCACAAUCUCCAAUUAUAGAACAAGGUUCAAAGACAUUAAAAAAAUGGCAGCCAGCAUCCGCUGUUGAACGUUGGUCUCAUGAUCGUUUCGAUCAAGAUGAGCAAGCGCCAAAAAGCCGUUCAGAAUUAGUUUCUACUUAUGGUUAUGACAUUCGUACAGAGGAUGCUCCACCACGUGCUAGAAGACGUCGCCGCUAUGGUCGAGGUCCAAGUAAAUACUCCCGUAACUGGGAAGAUGGAAACGCCUACCUUAAAGCAAGCAAUAAAGAACGUAAACCGCCACGUCCAUCAGAUUUUCCAGCGCUAAAUGAACGAAACAACAAGACUCAGAGGAAACCUAAAGUACGUGAAGAAAAGGAAAAUAGGUUAAACAAACGUCAGAACGAAAGCGCUACUGAACUACUGAAUCAAACUGAUAAAAACAAUUCGAAAGGACCACGUAACUUAAAUACAGAGGAUCGUAGAGAUCGUGGGGAUAUUAAACAAAACAAAAGCCGAAAUUAUGGCAGACAAAAUGUGAACAACGUUCGUCAGGCUCCAAUGGAAUUUAAACAGCAAAAGCAGAGAAAUAGUCAAGGACAUCAAGAUCUGAAUAACCGUAACGAAACUCAUGUUGAAAGACAAAUAAAUCGCUCACAAUCGAAUGGCGCAAACAAUGAUAUCAUGAAAAGUGGUGGUAAACUCCAAAAUAAUGCUAAGUAUCCGCAGUCACAUCAAAUUGAUUACAAUAACGUUAAUAAUAACAGCAAUAUAAAUAAAACAAACGAAAACAGUUAUCAACAAAUACAACCCUCUCCACAACAAAAAACUCCAAUAAGACAGUCAUUACCAAUCAAAACAGUACCAACUACACAAUUACCACCUACCAAUUUAUCUCAGCGUUUACAGCAAGUACAGAAUCGUAACGAUCCAAGUCAUGUUGGUAGUGUGCAAAUGCAUGCUUUAGCUACUCAAAACCAAAUAGUAACACAGCAACAGCAACAGCAACAACAACAACAACAACAGCAAAACGCAAAUAUAUUGGUGCCACAACAGAGCCAACCUCAAGAGCAGCGUGGACCACCAAAAAGAUACUCAAGCUUACGUCGUUCUCAGCAUGAGGCCCAACAUCUUGCUGAUCAGCAUCAACUUCAAAUGCAAUAUCAGGCACAACAGCAACCACAAAUGAUGUUGCAAGAUCAACAUAUGUUGCAGGCAAACCUUAUGCAUCUUUAUCAUCAAGAGAAUCUACAGGCGCAGAUGCAGGCUAUGCAGGUUAAUCAAACACCACCUCAACCGAAACCGCCUACAUAUACUACAGUACCACCACAGACACAAGCUCCAACAUAUGGAAAUAGUGCUGGGCCAACUCCUGCACCGACUGCUUAUUAUGUUACUACACCGGAAGCCUAUGCAGCUACAGCAAAUGCUCAGGGACCACAAGCAACACCAUAUGCACAGCCGGCGAACUAUUUACAGCCAGCAGCAACUGGUGCUCCAAUUGGUUAUGCGGCAACGGCUCCAACUAAUCCACAAAACAAUCCCCCUACCUCAUAUCCAACGGCAGCAGUAACACCAGUAGCUGCUCCUGGUGCAACACAGCCACAACAACCAAAUUCAAACCAAAAUUAUACGAAUUAUCAGAACUUCAAUACUGUCGGCGGUACUACGUACUUCGUACCACCUGCUCAAACUACUAGCAGACCAGUAACGUUACCGCAAAGACGUCCAACAAAUGCCAUUCCUAUACUGCCCCCUUCGGAGAAAAACAAACAACGUGCGACUGAAGUGAAAGAUGAGAUGAAGAACAAUAGCACUAUACCAGUUCAAUCGACUGCACCUAUUGGUAGUGCAGAUAACAUCGAUCAUAUCAUAGAUAAUAUGUUUGUGCAGAGGCCAUCCUUUCAGCCACCGCAAGUUACAUCGACUCGUAAAAGUACGUCACCACCAAGUGGUGAAAGCAUUACUAAUACUACAUCUGUUGAUACAAUUGCAACGACUGUGCAACCAGACGACGUCUCAUCCAACAACACAACAAGCGGAAGUGAACAAAAUGUAGGAUUAAAUAGUAAUAACAACCCGAUUGCAGUGCAGGAAUGAGUGACAACGACGUAUACUGGACGCUUCAAAUAUAUAACAUAAUUUACAUAUAAAUUUUUUUUAAAUCAAGUUAUAAUAACGUUUAACAUAACACGUACGCAUAUUUAGGCAAUUAAAAACCUUCAACAUAUUUAUACCCUCUAACAGCAUGGUUCCUUAGCAGGGACGUAAACCCUCGCUUCGCUUGUGUUUUCUGAAGUCUGUGACUAUUUUUUAAUUACAAUUGUAAUUGUAUAUUUUGAAAGAUUAAUUUUAAUUUAUUGUUAAAAAGUGAGUUUGA